GAGCUUCAGAUUCCCUUUUGCUUUUUUGAUCCGCAGUCUUCUAGAAAUUUUCUGCUUUUUUCCGUAACCUUUUAUUUUAAAUUAAAGUGUGGAUUAAUCAAAAAUUUCCUCUAUUUAUAGUCUCAUCAUCAUCUUCUCCAAAUUGAAUUAGAUUUAUUUGUUUUUUUCUCUCCAGCUUCAGCUUCAGACCAAAGACAAAGAAACAUCUCGUUUGUGUUCUGUUUUUUUUCCUAAUGGAAGAAGCUUGGAGAGUUAUUAUCACUCUGUGCCUUCUCCUCGUCAACGUCGGAAACGCAGAUCCAGUCCAAGACAAACGCGCAUUACUCGAGUUCCUAACCCUCAUGCGUCCCACGCGCUCCCUCAACUGGAACGAGUCCACCUCCGUCUGCAACACCUGGACCGGAGUCACCUGCAACAACGACGGAUCUCGCAUCACAGCCGUUAGAUUACCCGGAGUCGGACUCAACGGUCAGAUCCCUCCCAACACUCUCAGCAGACUCUCCGCUCUCACCGUCCUCUCCCUCAGAUCCAACACGAUCUCAGGCCUCUUCCCAGCUGACUUCGUCGAGCUCAAAGACUUGUCCUUCCUCUACCUCCAGGACAACGCCUUCUCCGGUCCGUUGCCUUUAGAUUUCUCUCUCUGGAAGAAUCUCACCAGCGUCAAUCUCUCUGACAACGACUUCAACGGAACGGUUCCUGGUUCUCUCUCGGGGCUCAAGCGGUUACAGUCGUUGAAUCUCGCUAACAACUCGCUCUCCGGCGACAUUCCUGACCUCAGCGGUGUCUCUACUCUCCGGCAGAUUGAUCUGUCUAACAAUAAUCUCAACGGACCUAUACCGAGUUGGCUUCAGAGAUUCCCUACGUCGUCUUAUAAAGGCCUCGGUGGUGACUUCACCCUCGUGCAGCCACCUCCUAGCUUGGCUCAUCAGGAGCUUCGACCUCGUCAGAAACCUAAACCUCACUUCUUGGGACUGACCAAGACUGUCUUCUUGUUGAUCGUCAUCGCUGUUUCAAUCGUACUACUAGCAGCUCUGGCUUUUCUCUUGGCUGUUUGUUACUUGCGGAGGAAGCUAAGCCGAGGCGGUGGGAUCGUUAACGACGCUAAGCUGCAUAAGAAGAAAGGAGGGAUGAUGUCUCCCGAGAAGUUCGUGUCGAGGAUGGAAGACGUGAACAACAGGCUGUCUUUCUUCGAAGGAUGCAACUACUCGUUUGAUCUCGAGGAUCUUUUGAGAGCUUCUGCUGAGGUUCUUGGUAAAGGCACGUUUGGGACGACGUACAAAGCGGUUCUCGAGGAUGCUACCUCUGUCGCUGUGAAACGUCUCAAGGACGUUGCGGCUGGGAAACGCGAUUUCGAGCAGCAGAUGGAGAUUAUUGGUGGGAUUAAGCACGAGAACGUCGUGGAGCUUAAGGCUUACUAUUACUCUAAAGAUGAGAAGCUAAUGGUUUAUGAUUACUUCAGUAAUGGGAGUGUGGCUUCUUUGCUUCAUGGUAACAGAGGAGAGAACAGAGUUCCGUUGGACUGGGAAACAAGAAUGAGUAUUGCCAUCGGUGCAGCCAAAGGGAUAGCUAGAAUCCACAGAGAGAACAACGGGAAGCUCGUCCAUGGCAACAUCAAAUCUUCAAACAUAUUCUUGAACUCAGAGCGUAACGGAUGCGUGUCUGAUCUCGGUUUAACCGCUGUGAUGAGCCCCUUGGCUCCACCUAUCUCUAGGCAAGCUGGUUACCGUGCGCCGGAAGUAACCGACACAAGGAAGUCUUCUCAGCUCUCAGAUGUUUACAGCUUCGGCGUCGUAUUGCUAGAACUCCUCACCGGAAAAUCGCCAAUUCACACUACAGCAGGAGAUGAGAUUAUACAUUUGGUUCGAUGGGUACAUUCGGUAGUGAGAGAGGAGUGGACUGCAGAGGUUUUUGACGUGGAGCUUCUCAGGUAUACCAACAUAGAGGAGGAGAUGGUUGAGAUGUUGCAGAUUGCAAUGUCGUGUGUUGUCAAAGCUCCGGACCAGAGACCUAAGAUGUCUGAUUUGGUUAGGCUUAUCGAGUGUGUCGGAAACCGACAAGCCGGUGUUGAGCCUGAGACUAAGCCCAAGUCCGAAAAUGGAGCCUCCGAGACUUCCACCCCGAGUGAAAUUUGAAUACUCAAUGUUGAUUUUAUAACUUUAUAAAGUUUGUAUACUCAUGUUGAUUCUCUUCUCCGGUUAGAACCGGUUUAAUCAAAGACAUUUCUGUUUAGGGAA